CACUACCACACUGCCAAUCAUUCUGACGACGCCAAAAUGAGCCUCCCAGAGUUCAUCUUUGGCGGAGGAGGUUUGACCGACGCUUGGAGAGAAGACAACAUCUCCGAGUUGAUUGAAGCACUGGGGCAGGCCAGCAUCAAACGAAUUGACAGCGCUGCAGUAUACCCAUAUACCUCACCAGGAGGAGCUGAUAGACUUUUGGGUCACAGCAAGUUCCCCGAAAAGGGCUUUGCUAUCGACACGAAGGUCCUCUUUUUCGGCGAUGGUAGUGGCACCAUGACGGCGGAAGCGAUCCAGAAAUCUCUUUCUGGCAGUCUCGAGGGCUUGGGGGUUCGGAAGAUCAACGUAUACUACUGCCACGCCCCCGACAAGCAAACACCCAUCGUCGAUCAAGCCGCAGCAAUAGACGCAGAGUACCGAAAGGGCUUCUUUUCCCAGCUAGGCGUCUGCAACAUCUCCGUCGAGAUGUUGGAAGAAUGGCUCCAUAUCGCAGACGAAAAAGGACUCGUCAAGCCUACCGUCUACCAGGGGCAGUACAAUCUGCUAUGCCGCACCUACGAGACCACGCUGCUCCCACUCCUCAGAAAGCACAACAUCAGUUUUGUCGCGUUCAGUCCGCUUGCAGGAGGCUUCCUGACGGGAAAGCUGACAUUCUCAAAGAAGUCAGAGGACCUUAAGGGCACGAGGUUCGAGGUCUCGGAUACGAACUUUGGUGGUAUGCGGUACAGGAGCUUCUAUGAUAAGUCGGCCAUGCACGAGGCGUUGCAAAAAGCAGCACCUUUUUGCGUCUCCCAUGGCAUCAGCUUACCAGAGGCCGCGCUGCGAUGGCUUCUGUACCAUUCUUCCCUGGAAGCUGACAGAGGUGAUGGUGUGGUUAUUGGCCCGAGCAAUCUCUCACAGCUUGAUAGUUAUGUGAAGACCAAGAACGCUGGCCCUCUUCCGGAAGACCUUGCAAAGGAGUUAGCUGCUCUCUGGAAUGAUCGAGUCAAAGAAGCUGCAGCUUCAAUUGUGGAAUAUUGA